UCUUACCGGAGGGAGCGAGUCUACCGUAUGCCCCUCGGCAGCACCGCAAAAGAAAAACGAGACUCGUGCGGGAAAUCCCGCCAAAUAACUCAUUCACAAUUUAGGGUUUAUCCCGUUAUAGGAUUUUACAGCGUACCUUAUUGUGAUAACAGGGUUUAGCUUUUCAAGAUACAGGGGUAGUAUUCUCUUUGUAAUUCUGUAGGGUUUUUCUCUCUGACAGUAAAUCUGCAACAUGGAUUCCGAGAAGGAAGCAUUCAACUUCACAAAAAAGCCCUUUGUCGAAGACAUCGGACCACGAAAAAUAAAGAGCGUCCAGUUUUGCAUGCUAUCUGGACCUGAAAUUGUGAAAGCUGCAGAAACGCAGGUUUAUAAGCGUGAUUACUAUAAUAGGACCGAUCUUAAGCCUGCCGAACAUGGUGUACUUGACACUCGUAUGGGUUUUUCAACUAAAUCUGGUUCAUGUGCCACCUGUUUUGGUGAUUUCCAAACCUGUCCAGGCCAUUUUGGAUACUUGAAGCUUGCUCUACCAGUUUUUCAUGUUGGCUACUUUAGGACCACGAUAAUCGUUUUGCAAUGCAUUUGCAAGUCAUGUGCACGUAUACUUCUAUUUGAGGAAGAACGCAAACAAUUUCUGAAGAAGAUACGGAAUCCUAGAGCAGAGCUGCAUCAAAAGAAUGACUUUGUGAAAAAAGUAAUUGAUAAAUGUAAACGUGUGCGCAUCUGCCCUCGUUGUGGAGAUUAUAAUGGUGUUGUGAAGAAGGCCGGUCCAACUUUUCGCAUAUCUCAUGAUAGAUCCAAGGCAAAUUAUGAUAAACUAACUAAAGAGUGUAAAACGGCAAUCUCACAAACUAAAUAUUCAAAUUCAGACUUUAAUAUGGUUGAAAAUCUUACCCCUCAACGUGCUCUUGCUCUUUUUGAAAGAAUGGUGGAUGAGGAUUGUGAUUUGCUGUAUCUAUAUGAUCGGCCUGAGAAACUCAUCAUAACACACAUUGCAGUGCCACCUGCAGGCAUUCGUCCUACUUAUCAAUCAGGUUCUAGACUCAAUGAAAAUGAACUUACUACUAAAUUAUGGGAAAUCGUUCAGAUAAAUCAUACUUUGAUUGAUCAUGUGAACAAGGGAAAUCUUCCACAGUAUUAUAUGGACACUUGGGUGUUGCUACAAGUUCGGGUGGCUUUGUACAUAAAUAGCGAGCUUCCUAGUCUUCCACUUAACUAUCAGCCCAGCAAAUUUGAGGGUGGGCUUGUACAGCGCCUUAAGGGCAAGCAGGGGCGCUUUCGUUCUAACUUAGAAGGAAAACGUGUUGAUUUUACUGGCCGGACUGUUAUUUCUCCAGAUCCCAAUCUUAAGAUUACAGAGGUUGCAAUUCCCAGAUUAAUGGCUCAGAUCUUAACCUAUAAGGAACGUGUCACCAUUCACAAUAUCGAGAAGCUAAGGCAAUGUGUUCGUAAUGGACCUGUGAAAUACCCUGGGGCUAACUUUGUGAUCUCUGGUGGUGACACACUAUCGCUAAGGUAUGGUAACAAAAAACGUAAAGCGGAUGAACUAAAAUUUGGUGAUUUUGUGGAGCGUCAUUUAGAGGAUGGAGAAAUUGUUCUUUUUAAUCGACAGCCCAGUCUGCACAGAAUGUCUAUUAUGUGCCAUAGGGCAAGAGUGAUGCCCUGGAGAACAUUGCGGUUCAAUGAAUCAGUGUGCAAUCCAUAUAAUGCUGAUUUUGAUGGUGACGAGAUGAACAUACAUGUUCCUCAGACUGAAGAGGCUCGUACGGAAGCUCUCAUGCUCAUGGGGGUACAACACAAUUUGUGCACACCAAAGAACGGAGAAAUUUUGGUUGCUUCCACUCAAGAUUUUCUAACGUCUUCAUAUCUUAUAACAAGGAAGGACACUUUUUAUGAUCGUGCUACUUUCUCGCUUAUGUGUUCCUAUAUGGGUGAUGGCAUGGAGAAUAUUGAUUUACCAACACCGGCUUUACUGAAGCCAGUGGAGCUUUGGACUGGGAAACAACUGUUUAGUGUUCUGAUUCGUCCACAUGCACACAUGAAGGUUUAUGUAAAUCUUAGCCUCAUGGAGAAAAAUUACAGUAAGGGAGGUGAAACAAUGUGCGCUAAUGAUGGAUUUGUUUAUAUUCGCAAUAGUGAGCUCAUUUCUGGUCAACUUGGAAAAGCUACCUUAGGAAAUGGCAAUAAAGAUGGACUGUUUUCUGUUCUUUUAAGAGACUACAAUUCUCAUGCUGCUGCUUCUUGUAUGAAUCGGCUUGCCAAACUAAGUGCUCGAUGGAUUGGAAACCAUGGGUUCUCGAUUGGAAUAGACGAUGUUCUACCAGGAUCUCAUCUCACAAAGCAGAAAGAAGAACAAAUAAAAGGAGGAUAUUCUAAUUGUGAUGCCUUCAUAGAUGCGUAUGAUAAGGGAAAGCUCUCUUUGAAGCCUGGUUGUAACGCGGCUCAAACACUAGAAGCUGAAAUAACUCGUGUCCUAAAUGGAAUUCGAGAUGCAGCUGCAAAGGUCUGUAUGGAAGAACUACAUUGGAGGAAUAGCCCAUUGAUUAUGUCACAAUGUGGUUCGAAGGGUUCCCCCAUAAAUAUUAGUCAAAUGAUUGCUUGUGUUGGCCAGCAAUCUGUAGGAGGUCGCCGUGCCCCUAAUGGAUUUAUUGACCGCAGUCUUCCUCACUUUCCUCGAAAUGACAAAACACCUGCUGCUAAGGGGUUUGUGGCGAAUUCUUUCUACACUGGGUUGACAGCAGCUGAGUUUUUCUUUCAUACAAUGGGUGGCCGGGAGGGCCUUGUUGAUACUGCGGUUAAGACUGCUGAUACGGGAUACUUGUCACGGAGAUUAAUUAAAUCCUUGGAGGACCUUUCAACGCAUUAUGAUGAUACAGUGCGUAAUUCUAGUGGUACUAUUAUCCAGUUUUCUUAUGGUGAUGAUGGUAUGGAUCCAGCAAAAAUGGAAGGAAAGAGUGGUGUACCAUUGAAUUUGGACCGUUUAUUCAUGAAGAUCAAGGCUACAUGCCCUGCAAGUGUUUCUGCUAGUUUGUCUCCUUCAGAAAUUUCAACCAUAGUGAAUGACAGGUUAUCAAAACAUGAUAUGACCCCUGAAAGAGGUUGCUCUAUGGCUUUCAAAGAGGAGUUGUCUAACUUCAUUAAAAAACGCAUGGAUGCCAUAAAGAAAACCAGGAACAUGCUAGGACUGGAUGAGGAUUGUGUCGACAAAGAGAAAUUUUCCGGUCUAGAACAUGUAGCAGCAAACAUAUCUGGUAUAUCUCGUCAACAGCUGCGGGUGUUCUUGGAAACAUGUAUAUCUCGUUAUCAUUUGAAGAGAAUUGAAGCUGGUACUGCAAUUGGAGCUAUAGGAGCACAAAGUAUUGGAGAACCUGGGACACAGAUGACAUUGAAAACCUUCCACUUUGCUGGGGUUGCAAGCAUGAAUAUUACUCUUGGUGUUCCUCGAAUCAAGGAAAUAUUAGGGGCAUCAAAAAAAAUCAGUACCCCAAUCAUUACUGCAACACUUGUCUGUGAUAAUGAUGAAAAAUCAGCGCGAAUCGUGAAAGGUCGUAUCGAGAAAACUCUUCUUGGUGAGGUUGCUAAAACGGUGAAAAUUUCUGUAACACCCACGCAAGCAUCCAUAAAUAUUACACUUGAUAUGAAGAGGAUUGAAGCUUUGCAAAUGGCUAUUGAUGCAAAGACUGUUGCUGAUUCCAUUUCAGAAAAUUUAAAGGCAAAAGUGUCGCGGACAAAGCUAAAAGUGAAGCCUACUUUUACCCUGCCAGACAAGUUGAAGAUUCUUCUUCCUGAAAUUGGUAGAAAAGAGGUUCUGUAUUCUCUUCACUUGUUGCAAUCCUUGCUUCCAAAGAUUAUAGUAAAGGGCAUUCCGACUGUUGAGCGUGCAGUCAUUAACAACGUCAAGGGCAAGCUUAAUCUGCUUGUGGAAGGUACGAAUCUCCUUGCUGUAAUGGGUACACCAGGAGUGGACGGGAGAAAUACCACUAGUAAUCAUAUUGUUGAGGUGGAGGGAACACUGGGUAUUGAGGCUGCAAGGAAGAGUAUAAUUGAUGAGAUACAAUACACCAUGAAAAGCCAUGGAAUGAGCAUUGAUCUACGUCAUAUGAUGCUUCUUGCAGAUUUGAUGACUUUCAGGGGUUUGGUGCUUGGCAUCCAAAGGUUUGGCAUUACCAAGAUGAAAGAGAGCGUGCUGAUGCUUGCAUCAUUUGAGAGGACGGCUGACAUUCUCUUCGAUGCGACAACCCGUGGGAGGGUUGACACAAUUGCAGGAGUGAGUGAGUGCAUCAUCAUGGGUGUACCUAUGCAGAUUGGAACCGGAAUACUCAGUGUUCAGCAACGGCCUGAACAGCUUGCAAAAUUGACUUAUGGUCCAGACCCAAUUAUUUGCUGACAUCGAGGUUUUAAUUCGGGUGGUGUCAGGAAGAUGCUUAUGGGCAAGUUUUAACUAGUGAAGAAAGCGAGCUUAGUUCUCUGUUUAUAAGGGCAUAUAUUCCUUUCAUAACUAGCCGAUCAUCCUGUUCAUAGACAAUCUACAGUCCAUUAAUGUAAAUAUCCUCCAAGCCUUUUCAUUUUCUUUAACUUCCCUCAUUCCAUUUUAUGUGCCUAAAAUCUGGCUGCUGUUGUAACUGGCCCGAGCAUUUGGAUGGCUGGGGGUUUGUCACUAACGAUGCUCAAAGUUCACAGAGUUCCAGGACUUCGAUGAGAAAUGACAUGCCCUGGCUUGUGCAGAUUCGCAUCAAAUGGAUUGUAAUUUUUUUCAUCUUGGUCCCUAAAGUAAAUUCCAUAGGACCUUGUGCAGAGAAAUGGCAUACCUUCCCAAUUUCACGCAUGAAGAAUUCGAGUUGGUGGUUAUCUCUGCGAAAGGUAAAUGGUCCCUUUCUACUAUACAAUUUAUGUCUUUUACUUACAUUACUGUUAUGAUGUAAAUUUAUUGAUAUUUUAGUGGACUGGGACUUCUUUAAUUAUGAGAUGCUAGUACAUAAUGGCAUUGGAUUCAACACCAA